GGUUCAGUAAAAUUAGCACAUUUUCGGAGUCGCAUACAGAAUCAUUCGUAUUUCACGUCCCUGUAGUCUUUCAAUUUAUGUUGUGUAUGUGUACACACUAUAUUAUAAUUUAGAUUAUAUUAGAUGAGCUCCAAAUGAAUUCGGGCAAGACACGCUUCAUACGUGAACUGAUGGCUGGCUAUCGCGCAUCGUAUCCAAAGUCAUCUGAUAUCGAUACGAUCAACGACCUUAAAGAUCGCAUGGUCGAUAUUUCCAUCUGCUCUGUCAACAAGGGCCAUAUUUGCCUUUUUGGCUCUCACGUCAGCGGCUUCUGCAAGCCAGACUCCGAUGCGGAUAUGUCUCUUACCUACCGUAACUUUUCGCCCUGGUUGCAAGGGAUCGAGCGGGUUGAUGACCAAAACGACAAACGCCUCAUUCGCUUUGCAAAGGAGGCUUCCGAAUCGGGCAUGCAAGAUGUACAUUAUGUUCGUGCGCGCAUACCUGUGGUUAAAUUCAUCGAUUCUGUUAGUGGAAUUCAGUGUGAUAUAAGUAUCGGCAAUAUUGGCGGUGUUGAGAACUCUAAAAUUUUACGAGCUAUCCGGGAUAUCUACCCCGAUUUUUACAGCGCAUACAUAUAUGCAGUGAAGGAGUGGGGAAAGGCACGCGAGGUGAUUGCACCCAAUAAAUUUACAUUUAAUAGUUUCACCAUGACAACCAUGGCUCUGAUGGUGCUUCAGGAGCUGAUGCUGCUUCCGGUUUUUAAUUCUCCUACUGGUGAGUUCGGUGAGCUUACUCUGUCAAAUGUGCAGGAUGCUAUAAAAAAUUUCUCACUCCCGCCCAUUUACAAUGAGAUGGAUGGUGAUGAUGAUAAGCUUGGUGAGGCUGUCUAUUUUUGUCUGACUAAGUUUGCUGAGUAUUAUUGUGCCUUCGACUUCAAAAAUGGAACUGUAAGCCUUAUGUACCCACGCCAACAUCGCCAGCUUUACGCAAAAUUUGUCAAGAGACAUCUGGAGCUCUUUGAGGUGCGUAAGAGUGCUGAGUGGAUUAAACACCUGGGAAUUCAUCCAGAGGACGGUCCUUUUAACAAGAAAUCUUUUGAUGAGGCCAUGAGACAAGAACUCAUACAACGCACAUGCGAUACGCCUUUUGUCGUUCAGGACUUUGUGAAUUAUGUGAACUGCGGCCGACGGGUGCCACAAAGUAGAGUAGCUCAUAUUCACGCAGAGCUGCAGCGGCUCAGGUCUAUGCUCUCGAAUGAGUCCCAAGUGACAUAUGAAGCAGUGUUUGAAAAGAGCAAUGUCGUAUCAAACAUCUUCUCAUCAGAUCGUCAUGAUUCUCGUGUAAAGAAAUUCUGA